GUGACCUUCAGUGAUGUGCAUGUGAAAUUCAGCCAAGAAGAGUGGGCCUUGCUGGAACCUUCCCAGAAGCAACUCUACAAAGAUGUGAUGCUAGAGACCUGUGAAAAUCUCACUGCUAUAGGCUACAAUUGGGAUGACCAUAAUAUUGAACAUUUUCAAAGUUCUACAAGUAAUAAAAGGCAUGAAAGCAGUCAUACUGGAGAGAAACCCUUUAAAUGUACUCUAUGUGGGAAAGCCUUCCCCUAUAUCACUGUACUCAUAUGGCAUAAAAGAACACACACUGGAGAGAAGCCUUACAAAUGUAAUCAAUGUGGUAAAGCCCUUGCAAAAAGCAGUCAGCUCAUACGGCAUAAAAGAACACAUACUGGAGAGAAACCUUAUGAAUGUAACCAGUGUGGUAAAGCCUUUGCAGAAAACAGUCAUCUCAUAAGCCAUAAAAGAACACACACUGGAGAGAAACCUUAUGAAUGUAACCAGUGUGGUAAAGCCUUUGCACAAAACAGUCAUCUCAUAAGCCGUAAAAGAACACACACUGGAGAGAAGCCUUACAAAUGUAAUCAAUGUGGUAAAGCCUUUGCAAAAAGCAGUCAUCUCAUGAGCCAUAAAAGAACACACACUGGAGAGAAACCUUAUGAAUGUAACCAGUGUGGUAAAGCCUUUGCACAAAACAGUCAUCUCAUAAGCCAUAAAAGAACACACACUGGAGAGAAACCUUUUGAAUGUAACGAGUGUGGUAAAGCCUUUGCAGAAAACAGUCAUCUCAUAAGACAUAAAACAAUACACACUGGAGAGAAACCUUAUGAAUGUAACCAGUGUGGUAAAGCCUUUGCACAAAACAGUCAUCUCAUAAGCCAUAAAAGAACACACACUGGAGAG